UUCUCCCUUUUAUUUUAUUUCAAAUUGUUGCGUUAAAGGCACCAAGACUUGGCCCUCUUGUGCCAAGUAUUACAAGGUACCCAACUUGUGAACCUAAAUUGAUUUGAAAGAGAAGUUUCUCUAUCUACAAUACACACACACACAAAUCUAAUCUUUCUCUUUCAACCUUAAUGUUUGCUCACCAUCAAGGCAAGUUUCCAUCUUCUGCUCCUCUAACAAUAUUAAUUGCUGCUAAAAUAUCUUGCAUCCUCUGUAAAAGGGUAACCAAAUCUUGCUUCAUUCCUCUGUAAUAUCUCACAAACGACCCAAAAAAAUAGAGUUUUACUUUUUGUUCUUUCCAUGUGAUGUGAGCAUUUUGGGUGAUAAAGAUGAAGACUAUAAUUGGGCUAGGGAUUGGGUUGAGUUUGGUGUUUGGUUUUCUUCUCUUAGCACUUAUUGCAGAAGUCUACUACCUUCUGAGAUGGAAGAAGCACAAGAAGAGAGUCACAAGCCAAGAGAGUGAAGAAGAGAAAGAAGAAGAACAAAAACAAAGUGGAUACGCUAAGGAACUUAUCCAGCUCUUCUGCUUCAAAAGGCCUCAGUCUUUACAUGCCAACAAUGGUGGAAGAGAAGAAGGAGUCACACCGAGGAAUCAUCAAGAUUUGGAGCUUGGCUUGAUGAAACAUCUAGAAGGAGGAGGAGGAGGAGGAGAACUAGGGUUUGAAGCAGAGCUCAUGAAGCUUCACAACCAGAGGUUUCUCUUCACAAUCAUGGAAGAGACAAAAGCUGAUAUGGAAUCCGAUGAUGGGAAGUCAAGAUCAAGAACGAGGAGCUUGAGUGAUGUAAAUGACUGUAAUACCCCUGGUUUCACACCAUUGGCUUCUCCGACAGCAGUAAAGUCGUCUCCUUUGGGGUCUUAUUCACACCAUGAGUUCAAUCCUCUGUUCGAAACAGAGGGUGAGCUUGAGUUUAACAAGUUUUUCAGGUCGUCUUCGUCGCCUCCGCCCAAGUUCAAGUUCAUGAGAGACGCGGAAGAGAAGCUGAGGAGGAGAAUGAUCGAAGAAGCCAAGAGGAGAGAGCAAAAACCGGAACUUUCGGUAGAAGGUUCGUUCUUGAAGUUCAUGAACAGAGAAAAGAAACAGAGUAAUCAAGAAUCUGAUGAAACGUUGUCGUUUCGUACUUCAGCAGGUACAAAAUCUUAGAACGUUAGACCAGAAAUCAUUUGCAGUGGUUGUUUAGUAUUAGACCUCUCUUUUGCUUUAAUUUUAAAUUUUUUUUUUUGAAAUUUUUUUCGAAUUUCAAUUUUAAUUGUGUGAAAUGUGAAUCAUCUUUCCUUUCUUUGGAAAUGAUUUCUUCUGUACGUAAUCAAUCUGAAAAAAAUAUCUGCAGAUGCUUCUUUUAAUUUCGUUU